AUGGAUCCAACCAGAGUCAUCAUCUACGCCUGCGUAACCGACAUCGUUGGGAGCCCCCAGCGGCGCCAUCUGAGGCUCGGAGAAGACCUGUGUAUGAUGAUGAAUCGCCCGUUCCAAGCCGCCCUGUCUCCAGCAGGCUAUGAUCACGUCCACAUACCCGCCGACUUUGACUCCGAGAACCCCAUCAGGCGAUGGUUCAUUGUUGAUCUUAAUGUCACUCAAGCACUCAGCCGGGAAGAGGUUUCCCAUAUUCCCCACCAAGUAUAUCUUGCUAGUCGGCAGAAUGGCAAAUUAACGUUCAUUGCCCGUGAUCAUUGGGCGGACAAGGCGAAGGCCAGAGCUGCUUCGUACAUCUGGGGUGGGAGACAGGAACAGAAGAUGAUUGAUGUAAUGAGAAAUGAAAAUAAAGAGAAUGAAUGA